AUGAUGAUGACGUGCCGUCUGCUGUGCGCCCUGUUGGUGCUUGCCCUGUGCUGCUGCUGCCCGUCCGUGUGCGUGUCAGAGACCCAGUUGAAGGAUACUGGAGCUCGUGUUCAAGAACAAGGGAGCGGUGCGCCGCCUCCUCCACCACAGCCACCAACUGCUAAGCCGGUUGAAGCUAUUGUAGGCGCCCCCAGUCAAUCGACCCCUGCAACAGGAACACCACCUGUUCCCGGUCAGUCAGAUCUUCCAACAACGGGUUCCGUUGCAAAGCUGGGAAAUGGUGGCGGAGAGGGACCAGGAUCGACCAGUAAGGAAGGUCUGGGACCAAAAGUAAGUACCGAGCCAAAUACAUCACUGACAAAGGGUACGAAAGAGCAACAAAGUCGCACUGAAACAUCCGCAGAACAAACAAAUAAGGAGUCUGAAGCCCCUGCUCAGACAACGACGACGACCACCACAACACAGCCACCAACCACGACGACCACCACUACAACAGAGGCACCAAGUACUACGAUUACGGAGGCGCCAGCUGUGUCGACCACCAGCGCACCGUCACGUCUUCGCGAAAUCGACGGCAGCCUCAGCAGCUCUGCGUGGGUGUGUGCCCCGCUGGUGCUUGCCGCAUCCGCGCUGGCGUACACCGCUCUGGGCUGA